GGAACAAUUCACAUUUGCAGCGACCGGGGAAGACUGGAAAUUGAGUAAACCAAUUUGAGCAAAAAACAACUCACAAUAAUUUCAUCAAUCUGCACAAAACACCAUUCCACAUACGAGCAAUAUGAUUCUUUGACAUCCAAAGCUUCUAAAGACGUUUCCAAAAGUCAAUAAGGGGUGUGAAAAGAAGGUUUCGAUUGGAUCUCUGUGGAGAAGGGCCUAUUUACACAAGCAAGAUGGCAAACACAAUGUUUAUCAACUGCACGGUAGUCGAUGAUACCACAGUCCAAUGCAAUGGAACUGAUUACCAGUUACCCGAGGCGCCCAUUGGACCUGAUGAACCUCAGUUCUGGAUCUACAUAGGGGUCUACAUCGCACUGAUGCUCUUUGCCGGUUUGAUGGCUGGGUUGACCCUUGGUCUUUUGUCUCUGGACAUCACUACUUUACAAGUUCUCUCGACGGCCGGCACCCCGAGUGAGCAGGUCUAUGCCACCCGUAUCCUUCCACUGGUCAAGAACUCGCAUCUCCUUCUCGUCACUCUCAUUCUUGCCAACGCCGCGGCCGUUGAGUCUAUGCCCAUCUUUCUCGAUCACCUCACCAACCCGAUCAUCGCCGUCGUCGUAUCCGUAACGGCGGUUCUCAUUUUCGGAGAAGUACUGCCGCAGUCUAUAUGCUCAAAAUACGGAUUGGCUAUUGGAGCAAAUAUGGCAUGGUUUGUGUAUAUCCUCAUUGCCCUAACCUUUGUUAUUUCGUGGCCAAUCGCCAAAUUGCUGACUCUACUUCUAGGAGAAGGAACGGGGACCUUCUACCGGAGAUCAGAAUUAAAAGCACUAAUUGAUAUCCAGGCUACCUCCCCCGACGCUGCUGCAGAGGAUAGCGCCCUGACACAGGACGAAGUGCUGAUCAUCAAGGGUGCUCUAGAUGCCGAGGGCAAGGUUGCUAGGGAUGCUAUGAUACCUCUUGAUAAGACCUUCAUGCUGGACCACUAUGGUAUACUUGAUAGGAAGAUCAUGGAGCAGCUCAUGGCAAACGGAUACUCGCACGUUCCCGUCUACAAAGACGACCGUAAGAACAUCCUAGGGGAGUUUGUGGUCAAGAACCUUAUCAUCCUCGAUCCAGAUGAUAACGAACCCAUCGCGGCAUCUCUCGAGAAAUACGGUCGCCCCCUCCACUCCAUAACGGCUACCAAGCCCCUGUAUAACAUUCUAGACGAGAUGAUGGAUGGGAAAUAUCGCAUGGCGGCGAUCUACGACACUCCGGCCAUCUUGCCGACCAUAGACGAGGCUGACAGUAACGCUCCAAGUACACCAACACUACCAACUACAACGUCACAGCCUGGAAUGGACAUUAUCGGCUUCAUCACGCUGUGGAAUGUCCUGGAGGUGGUUCUGGGUGAGCCAAUCAUAUCAUCCGAUGACGUCUACGCCAGUGUACGCCAGAAGGUCCAGAUGGGUAAGGUUAAACUGGUCCGGUCACACAGCAUGAUUCCGGCUAUCACGGCAAGCAAUACAGGCUCCAUCAACUCAUUUCCACCUCCACUAACGCCCGAGCCGAAUAGUGCAGAAAACACACCACUUCUGUCUUCAGGAAACAUGGUCUGAUACGGCAGACCGAUCACCUCUCAAUAAUGGACUACCAGUACUAAUCAUGUCGAACAUAGUAGAAUGACAGUACUCCGGCCCUCAUGGCUAGACCCAUUUCUAAACGUUACAACUAGUGAUAAGCCGGGGCUAUAUAGGUUGCUCGAUAUGAUUGAUAUCAUAGGGGCAUUACGUUUUUUGGACGGGUACAUUCCCGAGAACGCUGAAUACUGCUAGUAUCAAUAGGAACAGAACUGAUCAACAACGUGCAGGCAGAUUUGCAUGCACUUCAUACAUUACCUGUAUGUGCAUGCUGACUGAAUUCUGAGUUAAGCAUUUAGCGUUCUUGCCUUUGGAACGCUUCCGUCCUUUAGCGUAUAACAUCGUAGAGGAGAUAUAAAAGAGAUUAGUGAACAGUGAUAUUUAUGUAUCGAAUGUAAUUUUAUACUAUAUUAAAGAGAAAUUCCAGUAUUUGCAGUAAACACUGAUUUCAUGAGAAAGUCUGUAAAACAAGGCUUAAUUGUCAGUAUAUCAUCGAGGAUCUAGAUCUGGUACAGUUACAUAAACUGAACUUUGUGAAAUCUUGAAAUCUACGCUGAAAAAUGUUCACACUGAAGAUCACCAACACAGAUAGGCACACGUGGGACACUGUAUUAUUAUUGCUAAAAUAAAGACCCGACGGAAGUGACCGAAUCCGCGCUUAUUUUGCUUAUUUCUCAGCAAUUACACAAUUUCUUCCAGAAUCCUUUGGCACAUAUUUUUUAUUCAUACAAACAGACACUUAGGUGGUCAUUAUAUUAGAUUCUGUAAAAAGUCAUUUUUAGAUCGUUACCAAAACUGGAAUUUAUCUUUAAACGUAGUUGAAUGAAUCAAGGCUUCCAUUGUACCAACAGGUGUACACACUAAAAGUCAUCGUUUAUAUGUAUAAGGUAUGGAUAUUUGUUUUGGUUGUUGAAAGUAUGCAUAAGAACGUGUAUGCCCUUUUCAAUUGUUGACUAAUGGUAACUGGAAGUAACUGACCAAUAUUGUUUGAUUCAGGUGAUUGGGAUUUUAUAAUUUUUCGUUUAAUUUGCUAAUGAACUAGGAAAAAUAUUGUGAGAGUAUUUUCCUGCUAGUAAUUGAAAGUUCUCUCUUCCUUUAACCACUGAAUCACUUUGUCGCUGAUGAACCUCUUGAAGAAAGAGAGAUUUCGGUCAUCAAGAAUAAACCAUGAGUAUCAUGACUUUAAUAUCAAAUGAAAAGUUUUAAUUCAAAUAAGAAUCAUUAAGACCAUAAGCGAACAGGGAAUUUGUUACGGGAAAUAUGUGACUUCAUUAUCUUUUCAAGAUUCAUCAAUUAAAUAAUCACAACGUUAGGUCAUCAAAUUAAAAAUCCUGUCAGAAUAAUGUACUUAAUAGUUCAGGUGAAUUAAUUUUGGGAAGAUAUGGUUUCAAGUUAUAUUUUGAGAUUUCGGGGAUCAUUAAUAUUUUCAUAAAUUCAUAGACACACUUACAUGCUUGAACAUGACGGAUGAAGUUAAUCGUAUUGUCUUUUUCAUUUACACAUAUAAUAAAUUGAAUCUUUGUUUAGAAUUUUACCAAAAUUUGUACAUGCACACAUAUUUAAUUUCCAUGGUUCACCCACCAUGCCCACCAUGCCAAAAUAAACGUAAAUGCAAAACGUUCCCACAAAGGACUACAUUGAGAUGUCCUCGCUCUCUAGAUCUUUGUUUGACUAAAGGUCAAGUGAAAGAAUUCCGACUGUUUGUAUAUCGUGUUUGUACUUAGAGGUAAAGCUAGUCCUUCGGCUUUUAAGUCGCUCUUUGGAAAAUUUAUAUUUAUAUUUAACAUGUUUAAUGAGAAUAGUGUAAUGAUUUAGCUUUACUGAAGUCACACAGUGCUAUGCUACAUUUUCAAAAUGCCAGUCUCACAAACGGGCCAAUAUCAGGGGCCACGGAACGGUUUUUCAAAGUGGGGGGGGGGGGGGGGGGGGGGGGCUGACCAUGCAAAAAAUCACAAUCAUAUGGUAAUUUUUACGUUUUUGUACAUGGUUUU